UAGUUGCUUGAUACCACUUCAAACUGACAGCUGAUUUCGACUUUAAAGGCCAAAAUGUUCGCCAGAAUAUCGGAAUUUCUAACAGCACGUAGGAUUGCUAUUGCACUUGGUUUAACAACAAUUAUUUUAACUGUUGUUUUGGUCAUUGUAGCCGUUGAUGAUAGCGUUAAAGCAACAAAGCUAAAAGAAGCUGAAGAGAAGUUGGAUGUUUUAGAUAAACUUUUGGAAUCUUUAAUCAAUCCGACAACCAAUGCGACAUCAACAACCUCAGUGAUAUCAACAACAACAACAACAACAGACAGCGGCUUUUAAAACAUUCAAUGUUGUGAACAGUGUUAAUAAUUUUUAUUGUAGUAGAUAUCGGCAGGAAAAUUUCUGAUAAGUAAUAUGUCUUUCCGUUGUUUGUGUUAAUUUGUUUAUGACUAAUGACGUUAGCUGAAUAAACGGUGCAACAAUUUCAGUUGCUAUUAAUG